UCUACAGGAUCUGGACGGAAGCGGUACUUAGCGAAAUUAUUUUCAAGGAUACGCGUAUGAAUCAACUUAUCGGUCUGUAUAAAGAGAAGACGGAUGGCAAGUGGAAGCAUCAGUCAAACACGAGACAUCAGCCAUGUUAGUGACGAUCUUGCCGUUUUUCUUGGCCGCGCAUAUCGCCGUCGAUGACCCCCGCCGGCAAUCGGAAUGGGCCAUGCACGGUGCCGAGUGCACUUACGACGUUCUCGUGAUGAUGUCCCUGGCGAACAUCGCCCAGGAGAACGAUAAUUUCUGCUCCACGAUCUCGUCCGAGCUCAAGUGCCGGCCCAAGGGAGACGACACCCUCAGCUGCCGCCUCCAGAACUCGCGGAUUCGCCACCCAGAAAGUGUGGCACUUUCGGACGAAGGCAGGUGCAUGAACGCGAUGGACUUCGUGCCGACGCGGACGAGAUUCGUGGGUGAGGAGCCCUUCGAGGUCCGCUUCAAUCCUAGGGGCAUCGAGAACCUGGUGGUGUACAGGACGAUUCCCAGAUGGCAACUGGACAUGAUCAAGGCCAUAGCCAGCCAGCUGAACAUCGGCUUCGACGCGUCGGAACGUCGUGACCGGUUCAACAUUAUGGAGAACUCGACAAUGGGCCAUUGCGAGGUCGACGUCAAGAUCACACAUGGUGAUGAUGAUGAUGAUGAUGAUGAUGAUGAUGAUGAUGAUCACCACGACACGGAGGAGCACGAUUCCAGCGAGGAGGAGCAGGGUGAGCGCUUCGAGAUCGAAUUCGCGUCGGCGAGAAACCCCACGCGAACCCUCGACAACAAGUUCCACGUGCAGAAGCAGCGGCAACCGAAGAAGUGCCCGCGAAAGACGAUCUACUUCUUCGGGAAUGAGGAGGACUACAGCCACGGAGAUAAGGAGCUUUACAUGGACAUGACCAAUUCAGUGAGUCACAUCACAGUCACGAAGAACAAAUUCGUGUCCUCCUCAAUAGAGGCGGGCGUAAUGAAGACAGGGAAUCAGUCGCGAGUGAUGCGACCUCAGCAAAUAAUCCGCCUGAAGCUAAAGCGAAUUGAUCUCGCGCGACACGCACUGCCGGAUAUCCAGAACCCAGCAUCGACGAGUCUGUUCGCAUUCUCGAACCUGAAAGCAAUCCCGGAGAACGCGUGAUCGAAACCCGACCGUGUUGCAUUUAAGAUAUUCAUGGAUUUCUGACUAAUGAGAUUUCGAUCGAUGAGCGUCGUUAACGCACUGGGAAAGGAAUGCUUGGAAAUUCGUUGGUGUAGGACAAAAAAUUGAUUUCACCGAGACAAUCUUUAUCUUGCAGAAGCAAACUUUAUAUCCCACAAAUGAGUUUCCAAGUAUCUUCUUCUUCGUAGUGCGAAUAAGUAGGUCGUUUUCUGAAACAAUCGCUGUUCAGUUAAGUAACUCUCCGUAGCCACGUGGAAAGUCCGUAUCAAGCUAAGUAUUGAAGAUCGAGGAUCGCAGAUUCAAGAUUAGAACUUGAUUGAUCGGCACGAAGUGACCCUAUGGAUCAACAUUGGUCGAACUGUAAUCUCUAAUUCACGAUCCUCAAUCCCCGACAUCUAGCCUGACAACGGUCUAAGUGGAGACACGUCGCGUGUCCCUCGCGUUUCACUGAAUGUACGUAAGCACAAGCAAAAUAGUAAUCUGUCGCUACGUGCUUACGACCUAUAAAUCGUUGGAUGUAGCUGCAAUAAAGGACCGCCUGAAAGAA